GUGUGUGCAUAUGUAUAUAUAGACCCACAUGAAUCACUUCCAGGUUAUUCAUAUCCUUUGUGAAAUCAAGUUGCUGUACACAGCCAGAUGAUGGAGAGUGAACAAGGUACUUAUGAAGACAUUGCUUAUAAUGAUGAAAACAGUAAGCCAAUGGAGGGGGUCUUCCAUAGCCAUUUAGAGGAGAGAGUUCGGCCUUAUAUUGAUCUGAUUGACUCUUUGAGGCUGAUUGGUGUUGAAGAAGAUUUGGCUUUGCCAACUAUAGCUGUAAUUGGAGAUCAGAGUUCUGGAAAAAGCUCUGUGCUGGAAGCACUAUCUGGAGUGGCAUUGCCCAGAGGGAGUGGUAUUGUAACAAGGUGUCCACUGGAGCUAAAGCUGAGGAAGAUUAAAUGUGGUGUUCAAUGGCAAGCCGUAAUUUCUUACAAAGAACAGUUCAUUGAGUUUGAUGACCCAACACUGGUUGAGGGUUACGUUGAGGCAGCCCAGAAUGAGCUGGCUGGAGAAGGCGUUGGAAUUUGUGAUGAACUCAUCACUCUGGAGAUCAUGGCUCCUGAUGUGUGUGACCUCACACUGAUCGAUCUCCCUGGGAUUGCCCGAGUUCCUGUAAAAGGUCAACCUGAGGACAUUGGACAUCAAAUCAAAAAUCUCAUACGGAAAUAUAUAGAGAAGGAUCAAACUAUAAAUUUGGUCGUAGUCCCAUGUAAUGUUGACAUUGCAACAACAGAAGCUCUGAAAAUGGCACAGGAAGUGGAUCCUGAAGGAAAAAGGACAUUGGCUAUUCUUACAAAGCCAGACCUUAUAGACAGGGGAACAGAGAAGAACGUAUUGGAUAUAGUCCGAAAUCAGGUCAUUCCCUUAAGCAAAGGAUAUGUCAUCGUCAAGUGCCGUGGCCAAAAGCAAAUUGAUGAUAAGAUCUCUCUGUCUGAGGCCACUCGAGUAGAGAGGGAAUUCUUCAGACGUCAUGAAUUCUUCAGUUGCCUGUUGUAUGAGGAGAAAGCAACUAUUCAGUGUCUUGCCACCAAACUGACUCAAGACCUGGUUGAUCACAUCAAAAGAUCAUUACCUCUGAUCUCAGAGGAGAUAAAGAAGCAGCUGUGGAUCUUGAGGAAAGAGCUAGGUCAGUGUGAACCUGGCCCACCACUGGACCCACAGAAGAGGAAAACCUUUUUUAUUGACACCUUGACAAAAUUUAAUGAUAAGAUCAAUCGCUUGGCAUCUGGGGAAGUGGUCAACAAUGACAACUUGUUUGUACUGCUUCGGUCUGAAUUCAAAAAGUGGAAGGACCAUCUUGACAACACAAAGGGAUCAUUUCACAAAACGGUCCAGGACGUGGUGAAUGAAUAUGACCUGAUGCACAGAGGACGUGAGCUGCCUGGUUUCAGUGACUACAAGGUGUUUGAGAUGGUGGUGCAGAAGCUUGUGAUCCAGCUAACAGGACCAGCCAUUGACACACUCAGGGUCAUCAGAGACACCAUUCAGAAACAGUUUUCAGAUGUUUCCAAAACCUGCUUCCUCAACUACCCUUUCCUCCAGUGUGUUGCAACGAACAAGAUAGACAACAUUCAGUCAAAGCAGGAAGCCAAGGUGGAGCAGAGGAUCAUGGAGCAGUUUGAGAUGGAGCAACUGGUCUACACUCAAGAUGGCAUCUACUUCAAGACUUUGAAUGUGACUCACUCUGCUGAGGGACAAAAGGCUUCAGAAGACAACUUUGCUGGGUUUGACAACAGAAACAAAUAUCCUGAAAUGCUGCAGGCUUACUAUGAGAUCGUGGUGCAGCGCUUGGCUGACCAGGUGCCCAUGCUGAUCCGAUACUUCAUGCUUAAGGAAUCCGCUCAGCUGCUGUGCAGUGAGAUGCUGGGUUUAAUGGACGGUGCCAACGUGGCCGAUGCCUUGCGUGAAGAGUCAGAUGUCAGCAGACAUCGGAUUGACAUGCAGAACCGCACAGACCGUCUUACCCUUGCUCAAGAGAAACUCAGCAACUUUGUUUGAAGCCAGGGGGCCACUGCAUAGCACUUGAUAAAAUGAUAAAACACUUUUAUCAUUUACUUUACAAUAGACAUGCCUGUGUUUGUACUAACAAAUAAUUUUAUUUAUUAAAAAGGCAUUGCUACACC